UGAACAGAUGUGGUGACUGAGUGUUCGCAUUUUGAUAAAGGAUUUUAGUUGAAUUGAAUUGUGCUUUGGUCUGACUGCUAUUGUUCUCGUCGAACAAAAAAGCUGUGUUUCAAAGAAUUAAAGGAUUAGUUCAUUUUGUGUGCUCAUCUGUGUUGUCAUUUCAAAAAUGGAUUUUUAAUUCAGUGCAAAAAAAAGAACAAACUUAUUGCGCCAAUAAAUAUUCAUGUAAUAAAUUUGCAAUUUUAUAUUAAAUUUGCUGAACAAUUUAUAUAGAAUUGUGCAUAAAAUCAAGCGUAGUUUACAUUGGACGCGUUCAUAUGUUUGCCUCGCCAACAUACAACGAUUGUCCAAUCUAACUGCAGACGCUCCAUAUAAUUUAAUAUAUAAAAUUGAGCAGUGGUAUCAAGUGAAUAUAAGUUGAACUCUUCGUUGAACCGAAAAAUUUGUGCAUUUGGUUGGUUGUUUGUGCAUCAUCAAAUCGUUGUAAAACUGAAUCGAAUUCAAAUAAACAAACGGUUGACAUUGUUUAAAUUAUUCAUUUGGUAAAUGUUGCACGGCACGGUGGUUCAUGUUCAUUUGACUGCAUCAUUGACUGUUGCAACUUAAUUUAACUGCUAAAGGUUUUUUAAGCAUCAAAAACACUUGAAACGAGUGUAGAGAACGCAUCGUUUCACGUUCAAACAGUAAGAGCGAAGAAGACUGAUGUUCUAGACUGGAUACUUUGUGUUAAUUUAUGACCACAAUAAGUUGGAAAAACGGCAACGCGUUUUAAUUACAUGCAAUGCGGAUAUUGCCACAUCACUGCUCUAUAUCUUCAUAAUGCAGGUAUUGCAACACGUUAAAGGAAAAACAGACCAUUCAUAAUUGAAUCAAAAGACCAAACCAUCACACCAUUAAAAGGGAACGCGAAGGGUCUGGAUUAAAAAACAAACACACGAACAUAAAAUACAAAAUAAAACCCAAAUGUGAUGAGCAUUCAAUUGAUUUAAAGAGAAACAGACGAAAAUAUUGAAUAUUCAUCAACAUGUCGAUCACCGGCUCAUUGGUUGGCUAUGAAAAUAACGAUGAUUUAUGUAAUAAGAAAAAUCGGUCGUUGCUCAAUGUGUCGGCAUCAUCAAAGCAGUGCACCAGCCUCAACUCAAGUAUUAAUAACAGCGUGAUUACGACGGAUAGCAAUGCCAUUAACACGUCAAAGACGAAUCAUCACAAUUGCAACAAUGAGUCAGAGCAGACGAAAGUGAAGCGAAAGCAUCGAUAUCAUCUGAAUUCCUUGUGGUCGAUUUGGUACGGUAUAUUGUUCACAUACUUCCAAGGCUACUUAAUUCUGAAUGGGGCUUAUAGAUUUUUAGGCUGUUAUUUAAUACAAUGGCGCAACGACUCGUCUGCAUUGACAGAGCUAAAUUCACAAAUAAUCCUGUGCGGAUUGGCACUGUUGAUGUUGCCCCUGUUUUUUAUAUCGGCCAUAUUCAAGGUCGGAAAUCUAGCAAACGACGGUAUAAAAUUAGCGUCUUCAAAACCGGGUACAUGUUCAGCAAUGCCUGAAGACGGGCUAGAGCGCGAAGCAAAAGGCGGAACAUUGAGGGCGAUUUGGACGCAUGGGGGUCCGACAGCAGCAUUUGUACACAUUGUUAUUGCGUUAUGUUUACUAAUUCCCCGCCUUUUGAUCGAAUCCAAAUUGAUUGAAAAUGGAAAUUUACCUCGAGAAAGCAUUUGGCACACUGAAUUGGAUUUUAUGGUGCCGCAUCGAGAUCGAUUGGUCAUAUUGUCAUUUACGUCACCGUAUCAAAAUAAUUCCGUUCAAGAGGAAAAUUUCAUAAAACAUUAUCAUCGAGGGCCCGGCACAUUCAAUGACGACGAAGAUGAUGAGCUGGCCCAUACUCAUUUGAUUGAAAAAUUUCAUUCGGGCUCAUUUGACGAGAACGACUACUUUGAUACACAUGAAAAACUCGAAAACGAACGAACAACAACACCGUCACCAGUGUCGACAACAUCCUUUGCAUUCAAUUCGGUUGAUAACAAAAACAAAGCCCUUCAAACAACAGCGAACACUAUGACAAACAGUGAACCAAAUGAAAAGCAAAUAAACGCUGAAAAUUCUGGCAUUCAUAUGAAUGUUAAUAAUCGAAAGCAACACGCACGAACGAAAAAUCGUAACAAUGGAACGACAGGCGGACGUGGUACGAAUAGAAAACAUUCGAAUGCAAAUAGAGACCGGACUAAGGAUAAUGCGGGCGAAACGGCGAGAAAGGAGAAAAACAAUCGUCGUGGAGACGAUUUACGUGAAAAUUUUGAAACGAAAGUGAACAAUAUACUGGAAUUAGAUAGAAACAACGAUGAGUUUGGUGAAAGAGGGGCUCAAUCGAUUGGUGGGAGCGGUACAAAGCCACAACCGAAAAAGUAUGUUACAAAAAUCGAUACAAUUGAUGAAUUGCCACCGGACAGUAAUGAAUACGAAAUGAACAGUAAUCGAAAAACAUCAAUUGCUCGCGACUCUAAUAUUCACAUCGUUAAACCUGCUGAAGGCACGUUCGUUCCAUCGACACCGUUUUCAACUGAUUCGAAAAUCAUCGAAAUCCGACCAUCAACCAUUCGCACAAACAAACGGUAUAAGCGCUCGAUUGAAACAAUUCGUACCCGAAUACAAAUUGAUAGCGAUCGAAGCGAUGACAUGUUUGGUGACAUGCCCGACGAAGAUAUACUCGCGCCAAUGUUCAACGUUAAUAUCGAAAAUGAAUAUAACGAUAAUUUGUUGAAACCGGCGCCAGACGAUGCCGCUGCCGCCGCAUUGAUUGACACCGCCGUUCCGGAAAAUCUAACACCGAUAACAACAAAGACAAAGACAACUCCAACGAAACAAUUGAACGGUUUUGCCGGCUGUUUGCAACAUUAUUUAAACGUCAACAAAGAAAUCGAUACGAAAAGUUGGAUGGCAACGCUACCGAGUUUUGAGUUCAUAAAUUUUGUAUUUGCUUUGAUUGUAUGGUCGUCACGAUAUCCGAGCGUCUACUGGAGUACAUCGAAAGCGUUCUCAUUGAUAUUCAGCAUUCAGAUGAUUGCAAAUGCAAUCGAUUUACUGUUCGUAUUUGCCGGCGUUUCGGUCAUUUAUAAAUUGCAAGUCGUUGGACAAAAACUUCCGUUGCAAACGCCAACAUUACUGCUCAACGGAACUGUUUCAUUACUUCUCUACAUUCUAUCAAUUAUGCUCAUAAUAUCAUCAUCACUGAUUUUAUAUUUGUACGGACAUGGACGUUUGUCGUCACGAGUGCGUGAUCGUUGUAUGAUUUCAACAAAAACCGGAGAUAACUGGGCUUACUUUGCUCAUUGUGCAUCACUUUGUUUUAUAUUGGCAUUGGCUGUUGUUAAAGCGCCGCUCAUGCAUGACUUCAGUGCCAUUUACAAAGGAAGCUUGGAUGGUGCCGUUUUACUAGCAGCGUUGUCGUCUGUGAUGCACAUAUUUUUCUGGAUUCUUUUAUGGUUGGGAUUGACUGCAAAGCGUCGUUGGAAUUUCAAGCUACCACCAUUGAGGCAAAUACAUUUGCAUAAUGAGCCAGCCAAACAACCAUUACUUAUGUCGCCACGUAUGAAUCGACCACACUCCGGACCAGCGGGCGGCACAUUAAAUGACAGUUCUGGCGAGGAAACAAUUUAUUGGCCCAAAUUGCCACCAAACUCACCAAAAUUGAAAGUAACAUUCAACGAUGUUCCAUGUACGUUGUCCGAUAAUAAUUUGGCUGACGAACAAGACGGCAAGCGCGAUUCGAGCUGUCGAACCUCGGUAUGUAUGCCCGGUUCUACGAGGGAAAUUGAUGAAGGAGAGUAUGCUACACUAAGAGGAACGGCAGAUGACGAUCUCAUGCAUUUUAAUAUAAUUUCAAAGCGAAUCAGUAUGGCAGCAAAUUGUGAUACAGCUGACGAUACAUCGGAAGAAGGAAAACUAUUGGAUUCAGUGAGAGAUGAUAGUGUGACAUAUGCAUCGACAAAAUAUGCAUUGGAACCACCAUUGGUGGCUAUGGAGCCUCCAUUGCCACCACCACCACCGCCCCUUGAAAGCGAACCAUAUGGCGAUUCAACAUCAACAGAAACCCUUGUCAAUCCGGUUAACGUCACAGUGCAUACAAAUGAAAAUCAUAUUAUGUCACAACAAAUAACGACUCGUUGUAUUCGACGAGGAGAUUCUGGAAUGACUCAUGAUAUAAUGGUAACGGAUAUAUUGACACCGUGCACUGAUAGUGUAUCUACAGAGUGCUCAACAUCGCCACCUGAACGGGCUGCAUCGGAUUCUUCAUCAAGCGGCAUACAUUCGGGAACUGAUGAACGUGAAGAGGUUGUGAUUCGACCUCGACAAGUUGUUGCAAUUCCACCACCCCAGCCAGCCAUACAUGAAGAGCCUUUUGGUCGCUCCACAAAUAUGGUGAUGUCAAGUUUCAUAAACACUUCAAGCGCAACACUUCCCAUGCAUCGGGUUCAAUCGGCAGAACCAUUCUACGAUUAUGCAAAUCACUGCAGCACAAUGCCACUACCGAUAAGUCAUCAACAACAACAGCAACGUAUACCACAAUUCAUUACGCCAAGUGCAUCAAAGCCACAAUUACAUACAACACUUCCGAAUGGUGUUCGUUAUGCAAAUCCAACAAAUUUCAUUCGACGCGUUCCAUUGCACGUUCAAAAUGCCGAAUCCCCAUAUGGUUUGGGUUUGGGUGCCGGUCAUCACACAUUCUCAAAACUAUUACAUGAUCCAUUAAUUGGUUUUGGAGCCAUUCCAGAAGAUCGCGAUUCAGCCAAUUACUCAAUGAUAUCCGAUCAUGAUCGUGACAUUUAUGUAAAUGCUCUCACAACCGGUAACAUUCACUGAAUAUUCGCACGGAAUUGAUAAAAUUGCGUGAAAUCUCUAUGAAAACAAACAUACAAACAUGAAAAGCCAACAAUUUAUAUUCACAACCGAAAGAACAACAACAUGCAUCUUUGGUUUUGUUAGUUGCAAACUUGUAUAUUUCUUUCUGUUACGUCUGAUUUUAUUUCGUUGUUUUUUAAACUACGUUUUGUACAUAUUCAUUUUUUUAGUCGUUUUCGUUCUACGAUUUAUUUUUUUUUACUAGGAACUAAUUUAAGUGAUUUGAUAACUUAAAAGGAAGGAAAAAAAUCAAGAACACAUUUUGAAGAUGUUUGAUGAACUAAGGCAGAAGGGAAUAUAUAUUAUUUUAUUUGAAUAAUAGAUAGUUAAUGUAGGACAGCCACUACGAUAUGAAUGGAAUUCAAUGGAACAGCAAUGGCAUUAACUCAAUUCAAUUUAAUUCAAUUUUGUUGUUUGGAUAACAUUUUGCGCUUUAAUUUCAGGUUAAAACAAGAAAAAAAUUCAAAUCCAUUUAAAAGAGCUUUAAAAUAAAUAUGAAGUCAAGCUUUUCGCAAAUCGAUCUCAUCAAAUCAUACGCCAGUCCAGCGAUAUUUAAAUGUUCUCUUAAAUUUUGUACCAAUAAUUAGAAGUAUAUAUUUAAAUUGAACGGACCCGCAAAUCGGAUCAAUUUAGUUCAAUUCUAUAUUCAAGUUAUACAUGCAUAUAAAUAGUUAUAUAUAUGAAAGAAAAACCCAUACUCAGGCUCUAAUAUGAACGUAUUUAGGAAGAUGUAGUUUAUAGACCUACACGUAUUUACCCACAAUUCAGAGCCUUUCUUAUCUAGGUUUCGUGUUUCAUCACGUCACAACUAACAUUCGUCGGGUUAUUAGAAAUUCAUUAGGUCACCGCAUUUAAUCGAAUGUACUGAACAAUUCACUUUAUGUUUUAUUCAACGCUAAACGCAGAACACACAACACAUGAUUACGAGCAUUUUUGAAAUAUAGCGAACGUAACAUUUUUAGUUCAUCCAUUUUAUUUGAAUUUUACGCCUUUGAAUACUCAGAAGAAAAAAGACAACACUCAAUACUUAUUAUCGUAACAAAUCUAAUGCUUAUAUUAAAUGUUUUGAAUAUUUUGUAUGGAUGUAACCAGUGACCAUAACCAGACAAAAUAUAAUCUAUGCUCAUAACGACUCAGCUUUCAUAUGCCGUUCCGCAUGUUAAAUUUACUCACAAAUUCGACGGUGUGACGGAGAGCGAUUGUUUGAUGUCUCGUGAUAUCCUUACCAUGUCCGCAAAAUGAUUUCGAAUGCAGCUUUUUACUAUCAAUCAUUUUGAAAUGAGACACAAAGUUUAAAGAGAAGAAACUCUUCGUCGCUCCAAUGAUAAAUAUAUUCUCCAAUAAAAGACAUAUACUAUUCAUAUACUCGAAAUAACGCAGAAACUGUGUCUCAGAGUCAAUAUAUGUGAGGAGGAGUGCUCUGAGGAGCCGGAUGAGCUUAAAUAUUUUGCUCCACACAAGCUCUUCAGAGCGCUCCUCCCCACACAUGUUGCUCUGAGAAACAGUCUCUGAAAUAAUGAAAAGUCGGCCAUAUUUUUUGAACCCCAUAAUUCAUAUAUUAACGAAACAAACAUGCUUGAGCUUCAUCGUGUAAGACAUAAAUCAUAUCAUCUUAAUCUCCAACAAAAAUAAAAAAUCCUCAACUGAAAUCAACUGCCAAACUAAUAAAUAUUUGAUUAUUUUCAUUUUAAUUUAAAACACGGCUUUUCGAACUAUCGAUCGUAAUAAAUAAUGAAACGAAGUAAAAUCAACCGCCGAUUGCAAUGUACAACUGACAAUAUUUUUUAAAAACGAAAAUCCAGUGAACAUUUUACAGCCGCUAGAAUUUUGAUAUAUACAAGAAUCGAAUUUUUUCCACGCUUUUUUUGUAAAGAGAUUUUUUACCGUCGAAAAUGUUCAUAAAUUUAGAUUAACAUAUCAAAAUGCUUCAUAAAUUUCAUUCACCACACAUCAUUCGCCGCACGUUGCACUUACCAAAAGUGUUUGUUAUACAAAUAAGGAGCAUUUAUCGCUUACGAAACAAAAAUAAAAAACAACAACCAUAAAUAUUUACGCAAGCCAGUUAACAUAUGUCAUGAUAGCAAUUGUAUAGCAAAUAUUAUUAUUUACGCAAACCAAAAUGGGUCCAUUUCCGCCAAUAUACGUGUAUAACGUGUGAAAUUGCCGAAAAUGCUCAAAAGGUGUGCUUUCUUCCAACCGGUUGGAUUUAUGAAUCAAGUCUUUACCAACUAGACAUGUGUUCAACGAGCAGCCAAACACAUAGACUGACUUUAUGACGGCAAUUUCAUCGCUCACCUUUAUUAUUGCCUCUAACAAUCCUCUCUCAUUCCAUUCACAAUCAUAAAAAAUGCCCUUAAUUGCUUACAUCAUUCAUCGUAAUCGAAAUAAAGAUUGAAACAAAAUAAAAUCAAACAUUCAAAUCGCAAAUAAAACACAAGCAUAUCUAGUAUUGCAUGAACCACAAAUUGAUCAUACGGUCAAUUGGUUUCCGCAUAUCAUUUAAAUUGAAAAAUAACAAAAAAAAAAGAAAAUCAAUCGAGAAACUGUUUAUCUCAAUUUUUGUAUCAAAAUUUAUACGUAUUCUAUAUUUAUUAAUGUUCACUGCAAUAAACAGCAUUGAACAAAUCAUUCGAUGUAAUUGGUAAAUUGAUGAUGACACAUUCUAAUACCAAACAUGUUCACAUAUUUGUACAAUUAUGUAUUAUUAUUAGCAAACAAGAUGAAUAGAAGUUACUGACACUGAUAAUGAUAAUAAAUUAAAACUAAAACAUACGAAAUAUACAAUGGUUUAUUAGAUGUUAAGCAUAAUAAACUGCAAUAAAUCAUUGCUUAAUGUGGAAAAUAA